GCUGCAGCCUCCCUGGUGUCUGCCUAGCCCUCGGCAGGAAUGAGAGCAGGAGCCGGAGGCACAGCCCAAGCAGGAGGAGCCGGUCCCUUUGGCUGAUAUGCAGGAGGAUAAAGAUAGGACGUGAUGCCUCGCCAUGAAGCUCCUCCCCAAGACACAAGAGCUGUGGCUUUGCCUAGGCAUGGCCAUGGGGCUUGCCAUAGGAUUUACCUUCAUCUAUGCCUUCAGGACAGAGCAGAGCACGUCAGCGCCAGUGCGAAGACCCCACUACUAUCGUACCCACCCAGCGGAGGACAAUGCGACUGCGGUCGAGCUGUACAGCAAGGUGCGCAUCCUGUGCUGGGUCAUGACGGGUCCCAGCAACCUGGAGACUAAGGCCCGGCACGUCCAGGCCACGUGGACGCGGCACUGCAACGUGGUGCUGUUCAUGAGCUCGGUGUGGGACGACGGCUUCCCCACCGUGGGGCUGGGCACCAAGGAAGGCCGGGACCAGCUGUACUGGAAAACCAUCCGGGCCUUCCAGUACAUUCACCAGCACCACCUGGAGCAGGCCGACUGGUUCCUCAAGGCGGACGACGACACCUUCGUGGUGCUGGACAACCUGCGCUGGCUGCUGGCCAACCACACGCCCGAGGAGCCCGUCUACUUCGGGAAGCGCUUCAAGCCCUUUGUCAAGCAGGGCUACAUGAGCGGCGGGGCCGGCUACGUCCUCAGCAAGGAGGCCCUGAGGCGCUUCGUGGAGGGCUUCAGGACCCAGGUGUGCACCCACACCUCCGCGGUGGAGGACCUGGCGCUGGGCCAGUGCAUGGAGAAGAUAGGGGUGCAGGCGGGGGACUCCCGGGACACCAAGGGGCGGGAGACCUUCCACCCCUUCCCCCCAGAGAAGCACUUGACGGAGAAUCUCCGGCGUGAUUACUAUUAUCCCACCUACUCCUUCUACCCCAUCCUGCUGGGUGCCCAGAGCUGCUCGGAUUUAUCCAUCUCCUUCCACUACGUCAGCCCGGAGGAGAUGUACAUGUUGGAAUAUUUGAGUCGACACCUGCACCCGCAUGGCUACCGACCCCGCUACCAGCCGGCUCUAACGGCCGGGAACCGCACGGAGCCCAGGGAGGGGUGACUGGCGGGGACUCCGCGGAGCGAUGCCAGCGAAGGGUGCGAAACCCCAAGGGCCGGGGUUACACCGACGGUGCUUUAGAACCAGUGUGAGGUGCUCGGUGCCUGGAGCCCACAGUGGCAGGGGCCAUAUAAAGGCGCCAGAGGGGAGGGAGGGGGUAUUUGGCGCUGGAGCGUGAGCUCAGAGCAGAGGUGGGGGGGCUCUCAGGCAGGGCACCUCAGUGGGUUUGGGGGGAGGGUGUUCUUGG